GAAUCGAUGCGCGGGCGCCUUAAGCUCAGCCACAAAGCUUCGCAGCGCUAGUCGGCCUGCACACUCGACACAGAGCACACGCGCUCACACGCGCACGCGAGUCUCCGCCCGCUACGAUCGCGAUUAUCAAACCAAAAUAAACUUUAAGCUUUUGAGGAUUUUUAUAAACAAAUAUGCCCGAAUAAAUAAAUCAAGAUGUCGUUCUGUAGAAUAACUGGUCGCAGUCGAGGGCUACCGAAGCCCAACUAUUUCCCGCUACUCGCCCCUAUCUCGCCUGCUGACGCCAAGCGAUGCUGCAGGAUCACCGGAAAAUCUUACGGGCUGCCUUCACACCACUACAUUCCAGUACUUCUAACCGCCCGCUCAUCGAAGGCAAAAUGUAAAAUAACAAAUGUAUCCGGCGAACUGGGACCACAUCACUACUCACCUGAGAUUAACUAUGGCAACAGAAAACACGAAAUUCUUCCAGACUACAGAUAUAUUUUCCCUGUACUCGACGGUUCUACGGAAGCACAGAGAUGCCUGAUGGAAAUGUUACUCGGCAAGCAAGUUACAGAAGAUAAGCGUUACGUGUAUACCGUGCAAGAGAGAAGAUGCAGCUUGGUGUUUUCUGCUCAAAUGGAAGCGGCAGUGCGAGAUGGUGACGUCAGAGAUGUCAUGCUGGCUAAAGAUUCUGAUACUGUGUUGAUAAAAACAAAGCAUGGUCGCAGUGUCUCUAUGGACUUUAAGGAUUUCACUGAAGACGUUGAAAUGUAUGAAGGUGAAGGACCAAACGCAGAGGUACUAAAACAAAGAGAAAUUGAAGAAUUAGAAGAAAAGAAAAAGAAGAGGAAGCGAACUGCUGGACUGUCUUCUAUGAAGAAAAUAUUUGAAAACAAAGAGAAGUUAGCCGAGGUAGAAGAAAUUGAGGAAGAAAAGUUACGUGUCGAACGAAAAGCGAAAAAGGCAAAGUUUGAAGAAAUUAAACAUGAUGUCAAAACAUUUAGCUAUAAUAGCUUUGACGCGCACCAUAUGCGGUCUAAGUCAAGUAUUAUAGCGUGUGCUAGUGAAUGGAGAGACCAAAUGCACCCAAUUAUCGAGACGUGGGAUUGGGAAACAUUUGAGAAAGAUGUAACUAACGAGCGCAUCGUACCCAAAGCAACUAAAUUACCAACGCCGGUAAAAAUAACUCCACACCACUGUGAUGCGGAAAUUUAUGAAGUUGACCGAAAUGUCGGUGAAGUGUCCAUACCGUUAGAAAUAGUGCCUUGUGUCAAUCCCUUAAAACCGAUAAAGACACGUCCAUCGGAAACAGUUUUGAGUGCCGUUAAGGAAAUACCUAAAGAACGUUUGACCGACACGGCAGAUGUUAUAGAAAAGUUAGUGGAAAGUGAUAAAGUUGAUCUUCUUCCAACAAUGGAAAAUCUUGCUGAAGUUGUGAAAAAUAUUAAAAAAGGAAAGAGAGAGAAAGUGGCUAAAAUAUCUGGUCUUACAUUAGAUAUAAAUAAGGCGAAGACAUUUGUUCCUGGCCAAGUGGUUAAUACGCCACAAGGCCCGGUUUUCGUUCCUGGACAAACAGUUGAGACUCCAAUCGGCCCCGUAUUUGUACCUGGCUUAAGUGUAAAUACUCCAGCUGGCCCAGGAUUGAUUCCUGGUCACAUUGUAACCAAUGAAAAUACAAAUGAACCUUUCUUCCUCGCGGGUCAAGUACUGCAAACAUCAAAUGGAGAAGAAUUUGUUUGUGGACAAACUAUGAAAAACAAAGAUGAUACUUAUCGCUUUGCUGAAGGUCAAACUGUACUUUCCGAGGAAGGCCUCAAGUUUGUACCUGGUAAGAUAAUAAAUACCGGUCCCGAGGACGUGUUUGUACCUGGACAAACUUUGAUGACACCGGAAGGAGUACAAUUUAUUCCUGGACAAACAAUGAUGGAGAAUGAUGGCAUAACAUUCACUCCUGGACAAAAUGCGAAGAUUAAUAAUGAAUGGCAGUUUGUGCCUGGACAAGUGUUGCACCAAGAUGACGAAUUACAUUUCGUACCAGGAGCAACCAUAGCUACUCCCAAUGGCCUUAAAUUUGUUCCAGGUCAGACAGUUUCUAUUGAUGGCGAAACUUGCUUCAUACCUGGUAUUACGAAAACAAGAAGCAACAAUGAGCUGGAGUUUGUUCCUGGAACUACUGUUGAAACUAUCGAUGGGCCGAAGUUUAUUGAAGGGCAAUUAGUACACACUGACUGUGGUGAGAAAUUCAUGCCGGGCAAAACAAUCGUCCAAGCAGACGGACAUGUUGAAUUUUCUGUUGCAAAGUCUAUUGAAGAUAUCACAUUCAGUGAAGGUGCGCCUGUGGGGCUGCCUAUUGAUAUAAAAACAUGUUCUCUUUCUGAAGAAUCAUUGUAUGUGUUUGGACACAUGGUGCAAACAGCGAAAGGAAUUGAAUUUUAUCCCGGACCAAGAAUGCCAAAACUAGAAGGCAAGGUCGUCCCAGGGCGACUUGUAAAGAAUGAAGCUAACGAAUCUCGAUUUGUUCCUGGAAUGAUGGUUGAAGGCAUAUUCGUUCCUGGUCAAAUAGUAUUUACAGAAAAUGGAGAACAAUUUGUCCCCGGUCAAGUGGUGGAUACAGCAGAUGGACCCAAAUUUGUUCCUGGACAAGUUGUAAAUACCAAAUCUGGACCUAAAUUUGUUCCUGGUCAGACCAUACACACAAUCGACGGCCCACGUUUCGUACCUGGACAAAUUAUUGAAACUAAAGCUGGCCCAACAUUCAUCCCAGGUCAAGUUAUUUCCACAGAAGACGAAGGUUCAAGGUUCGUGCCUGGUCAAGUGGUUGACACCGAGGAAGGUCCAAGAUUUGUCCCCGGUAGAGUUAUAGAAACUGAUGAUAAUGGUGUAACAUUUAUUCCUGGACAAAUUGUUCAGACUCCGGAAGGAUUGAAGUUCGUUGCCCCUGAUCUUACUGAGGGCGAUGAAGGACUUGAGUUUUCCGUUCAAAGUUUUGUUGUCACUCCUGAAGAAUUAAAGUUACUCAAAGUCAAAACAAACCCGAACGAUACUACUUCAACAAAGGGAGAAUUGACUAUAGAUACAAACAUGCUACGACAACUUUCCGAAGCUGGAAUGUCAAUUGGUAGACAAGUACCCGCUGAGUUACCUGCUAUCAAUGUUGUACUGAAUCAUACAAGGAAUGCUGAAGCACUGAAGGCUUUUGUUACUGAUUUUGGUUUAAAAGAUGAAGUAGCAAAUCAAUUGAUGGAUGUAAUCACUUCAAUUAUUGAAAUGAGUGCUCAUUUGAAAUCCGAAAUUCACGAAAAUCACAAAGAAAAUGGAUUAUCAAAUGACAUGAAAAAGAAAAAUGGCAAAAAACGAAUGGAUAUGCAAGAUCAUGUUGGGUACACUGGCGGUAAUGGACAAUCAGCUCACCAAGAACAUGUCAAAAACUCAAUCGCUGCUGCUGUGCUAGCUGCACUGGUUACUGCAGAACAAUUCGAAGAAGUAAAUAACAACAAUAGCAAAGAAAAAUAUCAGAUGAUUCUAAAAUCUAUUGACACUAUCUUAGGAAAAACUAUUGAUGAAGAUCUCGUAUCUGCUAUGUUUAAUAUUCUGCAAAAGGAAGAAGAUAAAGAAUUGCUUCGUGAAGAAAUCCUUGAGAACUCCUCCCAACCUAAGGUCGAAUUGAUCAAAAUUGCCGUCAACAACACUCUGCACAAACAUUCCUUCACUGAAGAUGAUAUUAUUGAAAAAUUCGGAGAAUAUCUGAGCAGCGAGAAUGAAGUCCUGGGGCCAGCCUUUAAAAAUAUUUCAAAAAUCGACUCCAGCCUCCUUCAUCACGUUCUUGGUCGUAUUUCAGAAUCUAUUUCAUUCGUGAAGUCUGACCGUGAAGUCACAGAAACAUUACAGAAGGCGAUAGUCUGUGCGGUGCAAGAGGCGAGUACCAAGGAGUUGGAAGUAUUAUUCCAAGACAAGGAUAAAGAAAGCCUUAAAGAGUUAAUUACGCAGUCCGUCGGACUUGCGAGAAUUCUAGGCCUAAGAGAUGUGGCCUCCAAUUUACUAUCGGUGGUAAAUGAUGAAGACAGUAUGUCUAAAAUAGCAUCCGACCCUACAAGCCUGAACAUUCUGAAGAGACUGACUGUCAUGCGUAAACUGGCUGAUAACACACCGAGCUUGCAUUCCGCGCUACACAAACUGGAAACUGACCCAUCACUGGCUCGCACAGAUCCUAAACUAAGGGAUUUAGUAAGAGAAAGUGCUGCGUUAAUGAUUGUUCCAGAGGAAACUCCAUUGAUGACUUCUGAAGACGUUCCAUUGAAUUUACUAGACCCAGAGAACAGCCUGGCAAUGGAAGACUUUUUAUUCCAAAGAAGAAAACAGAAAGGAGCUUUAUUGAUUAUGAAGAAAGGUUUGCAAGCAGUGGUUCCCCGCGAAGCGAGUCGCGCCGUACUGACUGGUGAAGUCGCGUACACAGUGCUCGAUGAAAAUGGAAUUCGACACUUUGAGCCACUGCACGUAUUCUCAGCUUUAAACCUCAGUCAGCCAACAGCGCACCGUUUCUCAAUGUACAGCUGUCCUGUAGUCGAUGAUGACGACGAAGACCUGCAGUCGUUCACCGGGUACUGCAACAUCAGCAACAAUCAGAAGAUCACUAGACUGGGCGGCUGGUCGCGCAGAUACAGCGGCGUCCUGCUAGACAGAGAGAACACUAGGAGUCGAAUGAGUAGCUUAGAAACCACACCGAGUUACAAACGAUACCCGUCACGUUCCAUGUCCAGUUCUAGAUCUAGGUCUAGUUGUAGUAGGAGCCCGCCUAAGGUAGAAGACGUUGUGGUUGCAUCAGCUGACUACGCAGCUGCUGCUGACGACGAGGUGUCUCUGAAGGCCGGCGACAUCGUAGAGGUUCUCGACACCAAGUCAGCCCUCGGAUCAAAGAAGCCCCGGCUCGACCCGGAGCUGGACAUCAAGGCCGAACUAUUGGACGCCUCCGCCGCCAAGCACAAGUUGGCAGUCCGACCCAAGAAGAACCACCCCAGGAAAAAGACUGUCACCUCCAAGACUGAUGACGCAGGAAGAUGGCUAGUCCGCGUGAUAGAGGACGUGCAGGAGGGCGAGCUGCGCACGCGGCAGGGCUACGUGCCCGCCGACGUGCUCAAGGAGAAGCAGACUGCUGAGAGGGACCAAACUGCUCUGGCCGCUAGACGACAGGCCGUGGUACGAGAGUUAGUGGAGACGGAGGAAGAGUUUGGGCGCGACAUGCAGCAGGUGGUGACGCGGUACAUGAAGCCCAUCGACAAGGCCACCACGCCCAAGGCAGUCUUCGACAACAGGGAGCUGCUGUUCUCCAACUUCAGGCAGAUCUGCGAGUUUCAUAAUACGAUAUUACUAGAGGGGAUAAAAUACUACGCCAGCGAACCGAAAAUGCUCGGACGAGCACUUCUACGAAUGGAGCGAGAAUUCGACAAGCACGUCGGCUACUGCCGCGACGAGCCCAGGGCACAGCAUCUGCUGGCCACCGAUCCCGUGGUCAACAAGUAUUUCCAGGAUUUAGCAGAUAGCCUCCGUGACGACAAAGGUAUCUCCGAACAUCUGAAGCUUCCAAUCCAAAGAAUCAACGACUACCAACUACUGCUGAAGGAAUUAGUAAAAUACUCAAAAAGGCUAGGCGAAGACUGCUCGGACCUCCAGAAAGCGUUAGAACUCUUCCUCAGUGUCCCGAACCGAGCCACUGACAACAAGUUCAUCGCGAGCAUCGAAGGGUUCCGUGGUAACAUCUACAAGCUCGGUCGGUUGCUCACCCACGACUGGUUCACCGUCUCUGAUACUGAGGGCAAGUCCAGGGAGAGAUACGUGUUCCUCUUCAAGGCCCGGGUCCUCAUCUGUAAGGUCAAGAAAGUCGGAGACGAUCGCUCAGUCUUCGUGCUUAAGGAUAUUGUCAAGCUACCGGAGGUCGAAAUCAAGGAGAACCCCGAAGAGCCGCUAAAGUUCACACUCUGCCAGAAAGACCCGCCGCUAACGGUCACACUAGCCGCUCACAAGGAGCAAGUCAAAACCAAUUGGCUCGCUGAAAUCAGAAAACACGCUAGUGACCUCGUCGCCCUAGCCGAGCACGCAGCAGACGACCUCCAGGUAGAACCUGAAGGCGUCCCAGCAGAACCUGAGGAGAAGAAGAAGAAGAGAGAUCACGCUGAAGUUGCGCAAGCGGAAGCAGUAGAUACUAAAGAAAAACGCUCCCGCGUUGAAGAAACUACUCAAGUAGCAACUACCGAAGAGGCUCAGCAACUUAAAACAAAGAGGAAAGCAUCUAUAGAAAGUGAGGUCGCGACUAAAAUCUCCAAGUCUGAAGUUACCGAGGUAUCUUCAGUCAGCGAGACACAACAAUCCGUCAAAGUCAGCUCAGUCAGUGAAAGCUCUAAAGUCACUGAGAAAACCGCGUCUGUUUCACAAUCAGAGCAAACUAGUCAAGUUACUGUAGUAGCUGCUGCGUCAGAAGUCAAGGUUGCGCAAGCGACAUCUGUGCAAUCUACACAACAAACAUCUGUUCAGAGCUCCACUGCUCAACAAUCGUCUCAGGAGAGCUCAGUACAAGCCAGCUCUCAGAAGACAUCACUCACUGAACAGUCUACAGCGCAAUCAAGUACUACACAAGUUGCUCAAUCAUCAUCUCAAGCAACUAGUGUCGAAUCAAAAACACAAGAAGCUACAUCUAUACAACAAACAUCAUCGUCUGUUGAACAAUCUAGUCAGCAAGCAACAGCUACUGAAUACAAGACACAAGCAUCGGUGAAGGAGACAACAGUUGAGGCAACUGUUGUAGCGUCCCAACAAUCCACUAAUGUACAAGAAGUAACUACACAACAAUCUGUAGUAGAGGAAACUAAAGAGAGUACAGUAGAGAAGGUCAGUUCCACUGGCGCCGAGGUUACGCAGCAAGCUACUAGUACCAAUCAAACUGUAACCACAGAGGAAGUUGGGGAAGACGAGAUGUCUAGGUAUAGCCGCAGUACGCGGCUCUCUGGAGAGUACUCCAGUAGCAGCCGAAAAUUAUCAGGUGGAGGUCGCUACGAGUCAUCGUCUACAUACGAUGGCAGUGGCCUGACUUCCUCCUACUCGCGACGUGAGAGCGGCUCGCGUCUGGAAUCCUCCAAGUACGAGUCAGGAGGAGCCAUCGAGGGAACAGCAAGUUCCCGCUACGAAUCUAAGUACUCCUCGAAAACUGAAGGAGGAUCCAAGUAUGGAAUUGAGUCCAGCUACGAAAGCAAAACUGAAUCUGGUUCCAAGUACGGAAUCGAGUACGACAGUGCCAGCAAGAUCGACAGCAUCGCGUCCAAGUACGGCAUCGAAGCCAACGUAGAGAGCAAAUCUGAAAGGUCUGCUUAUGCUAUCGAGGGUGACAGUGCCAGCAAAAUUGACAGCAUUGCUUCAAAAUACGCGUCAAAGAGAAACAGCAUCAAGUCUAGCGUUGAAGGAGCCAAGGUCGAAUCAAGCCUGGAAGCUAAAUAUGAAAGCAAGACCGAAAGCUCUGCUUACGGCAUCGAGUCUGACACCACAAGCAAAAUUGACAGCAUCGCGUCCAAGUACGCAUCCAAGAGAAACAGCAUCAAGGCUAGCAUCGACGGAGACAAGGUCGAGUCUAUUUCUUCUACGACUGAGAGCAGCUACGAGACUGUAAAGAACGGAGACUCGUCUUACGAGAGCAAGUACUCGAAGAAGUCCAUCGCCAACGGCUCAGUGAGCACUGGCUAUGAAUCAGCGAGGUCCAUCUCCAAAUCUGAAUCUCAAGAUGGGAAGCCAAUAUUCACGAAAACGUUGGCAGGCCAGAACAUUGAGCCUGGUGAGAACGCAAUCUUCGAAUGUCUUCUGCGUGAGUCGAAGGACGUGAAGGUGACGUGGCUGAAGGACAACAAGCCGCUGACGGACCGGCUCAUGGACCGCUGCUCCAUCUCGCUGGAGAACGACGGCGGGUUCAAGCUGGAACUGAAGCACUGCCGGGAGUCCGACGCGGGGGUAUACACCGCCAUCGCGGAGAAUCUCAAGGGAAAUGCCCAUUGCACGGCACAGUUGGUCGUGCAGGAGUUGACGGCCGAGGAGCGCCGCGAGAGGAAUGCCCUGAAGGCGCCCUACUUCCUCGUGGCUCUGAAGGACACUGAAAUCAUGGAGAACACCUAUCUGCGCUUCAUGGUCCACGUCAAGGGCGACCCCAACCCUGAUGUCAAGUUCUACCGCGACGACAAGGAGAUCCUCACGACGUCGGAGUCAGACCGCGUGUCCAUCAUCCGCACCCGCGCGGACCGCGGCUGCUACGAGCUGGUCAUCGCCGACGUGCUGCCCUCCGACGCCGGCCGCUACUCCUGCAGGGCCAUGAACAUCUACGGGGAGGUCACCUCCGAGGCUACUGUCACUGUUGUCGACGACAAGAACAUCUUCGGCGAGCUCCCGCCCGGUGGCGAAGGUCUCCUGGCCAAGGGAGAGAAGCCGACGUUCACGUGGAAGAGAGAUGGACAGACCUUCGACCCUGAGGAGAGGUUUAAGGUCCUGCUGGGCGACGACGAGGACUCGCUGGCGCUGGUGUUCCAGCACGUGAAGCCGGAGGACGCCGGCAUCUACACCUGCGUCGCCAAGACCAGCACCGGGAACAUCUCCUGCUCCGCCGAACUUACGGUGCAAGGCGCGGUCCACGAGCUGCACCGCGAGCCGGAGAAGCCGUCGCUGGUGAUCGAGCACCGCGAGGCCAUCGUGUCGGCCGGCGCCUCCGCCAUGCUGGAGCUGGUCUGCAAGGGCUACCCCAAGCCCAACGUCGUCUUCAAGCACAAGGGCAAGGACAUCGAAGCUGAUACCCGCCACAAGUUCCUGUACGAGGACGAGGAGUCGAUGUCGCUGGUGAUAAAGAACGUGUCGCAGGCGGACGCGGGCGAGUACCAGGUCACCGCGUCCAACGAGCUGGGCGAGGACACCACCACCAUGCACCUCAUCGUCAAGGCCGCGCCCAAGAUCAAGAAGAAGAUCGAGAACCAGACUUGUAUGGUGAGCUCCACCCACACAGUGACCAUCGAGAUAGAGGGCGCGCCGGCGCCCGACGUGACGUUCUACAAGGACGGCGUGGAGAUCAAGAGCUCGGACCGCAUCUCCAUCGUGAAGGAGUCCGACGAGGUCUACAAGAUCACCAUCAAGGACGCCAAGCUCACCGACACUGGAUCCUACUCCGUGGUUGCCAAGAACGAAGUGAAUCAGUGCUCGGACUUCUGGCAGUGGCACGUGACGUCACCGCCCAAGGUCAUCAAGAAGAUGGGAGAGAACAAGGUCUGCGAGGAGAAGGAGACUGUCACCUUCAAGGUGGAGACCCAGUCUGAACCAGCGCCUACUGUCUCAUGGUACAAGAACAAAGUAGAGCUGUCGGAGUCGUCGACAGUGAAGAUAUCGUCGGUCGGGGAGGCGCACUCCCUCGUCAUCACAUCCGCCGCUAAAGCUGACGCCGGCGAGUACUCCUGCGAGAUCCGCAACAUCCACGGCAGUACAUCGGACUCGUGCGUGCUGAACGUGAAGUCGGGCCCGUACUUCACGCAGAAACUGAAGGACACCACGGCCAGCGAGGGAGACGUCAACAUAGAGUUCACUGUCGCCGUCGAGGCAUACCCUGAACCCACCGUCAAAUGGUACCUGGGCGACGUGGAGAUAACGGAGAAGAAGUCAGUGUUCACCCGCGUGGACAGCGGCAACACGCACAAGCUGAUCCUGAAGGAGGUGUCGGCGGAGUACUCCGGGAACUACUCCUGCAGGGUCUCCAACGUCCUCGGGGAGGACUCCUGCUCCGCCACCUUCACUGUCAACAGGAAGCCUCGUUUCACGAAGAGCCUGAUUGACAUGACGGUGGACGCUGGGCAGACGCUGAAGCUGGACGUGGAGGUGGAAGGCUGUCCAGAGCCCAGGGUCAAGUGGUACAAGGACGGAAAGGAAGUCAAUACUGAUGCCAGGAUUAAGAUCGAGAGGGAUACUAAGAGAUUAGAGAACUACCACCUAUCAGUGACCCUGGUGAAGGAGGAGGACGGCGGUGAAUACGAGGUCAGGGCCGAAAACGAGUUCGGUAGUGUCUCUUCUAAGAGCACGGUCACCGUACACACUCGCGAGAUUCAUUCGACGUUGAAUAAAGAAGCUAUUAUCGAAAGUGAAGUAGAUGACGAAAGCAAAAAAUCGAAAAAGAUUCUAGAAGACGAUGUCGAUAAAGGGGAUAAAAAGUCAGGCAAGUUAGCUAAAGCAGAGACAGUGGAGGAAAAGUCAAUAUGGGAUGACGACGAAGAUGGUAAAGCUAAAAAAUCAAGUGUCGAUGACGUAGAUGCAUCGCCCAAAUCUGGUAAAAAAUCGCUCACAGAACCCGAGGUAGCUGAAGAAAAGUCGUUCUGGGAUGAUAACGAUGACGACAAAAAGUCCAAAAAGCCUUCCAUUGAAGAGGUAGAUGCUAAGCCAACUAAAGGAAGGAAAUCCAUCACUGAGCCUGAGGUAGCCGAGGAAAAAUCCUUCUGGGACGAUGCAGAGGAAGAUAAAAAAUCCAAAAAGGUAUCCAUUGAAGAAGUUGAGUCGAAACCGGGUAAAGGAAACAAAUCCGUUACUGAACCCGAAGAAGCUGAGGAAAAGUCAUUCUGGGAUGACGCUGAUGAUGGAAAGACUAAACAGCCCAUUGUGGAAGAACCUGACACACCAAUUAGUAACAAAGCGAGGAAGUCCGUCACUGAACCUGAAGUAGCUGAAGAGAAGUCAUUCUGGGACGACGUACAGGAACCGAGUAAACCAACUAUCGAAGAAAUCGACUCGACACCUACUGAUACGGGAAAGAAAUCCUUCUCAGAGCCCGAAACAGCAGAAGAGAAGUCAUUCUGGGAUGAAAACCAUAACGAACAAAACAAGAAACCUGUCGUGGAAGAGGUUGUAACCAAGAAGGACGCUGGUGAGAAAGGUGCCACUAAACCUGAGUCGAUAGAAGAGGUCCCCAUCGCCGACGACCUGAAGUCGCCCAAGCGUAAAUCGGUUAAAAAACAAUCCGUUGAAGAACCAUUAAGUGCUGAAACUGAAGGCCGAGUUUUCGAAACAGUAACUACGUUCAAGACAGGCGAAGACGGUGCUAUUAUAAUGUCUAAAGUCAGCAGCAGUCGGUCUCACGGCGCUAUUAUCACAGGUCCGGCCGAAACACACACUUUACACAAAAUGACGUCAAAAUCACUUUAUUACGAUGAUGAUGACGACUUUUUCGGCGGCAGAAGGUUAAUACAGCCAAACAAACCGCACACGACUUCUUUGGAAGUCGAAGAAAUCGCUAGCCAUAGUUAUUUCUUGACGGAGAUGGGCCAUUACACCAUACCUGACCAUGUAAGGCGAGGUACCUACGGUAUUAUUGAAGAACCACAAACUGACUCGGAGGCUGAUGCUGGAUCACGAUGUGGAAAGAUGGGAGCAAGCCGAACUGUGUCCAUCAUGUCAGUCUCGGAGGACGAGAUGAGCUGGCAAAACGAACCUCUCUCGAGAGAGAUAUCGAUCGAAGACCUGUCGAAGUCUAUAUUCGACAUUGACGAAACUAGAAAAGUAUUUAGCAAAGACUCUUACGUUCGCCAAACUUCUUUCAAAGAAGAUUACAUCAUUGGUGAAGAUGAAGAAGAGUCUUUAAUUUUAAAACAAAAGUCGCAAAAGGUGUUCGAGAAUGACAUCACAGAGAAACUCAUACACAUUUCGAAGGAAUUCGACGAAAACGAAUACAAAUCCGUCGACAAAAAGAUAGAUAACGUUAAAAAUAGAAUCAUAGAAGAAUUAGUAUUAAAGCCCAUGAAGAACUUCGAUAACAUUACGAAAGAUGUGACGGAGACCACUGUUGAGAGGAAGAGAAAGAACGAAAGUAAGCUAUUUAGUUUGGAAGAGGAGGUGGAUGACGAGGUAGAAGCCCUACUGAGACGAAGCCAGAGACAGAGGAGCAUACUAGAUGAUAUCCUAAAUGUGGAAGAUGAAAAAGCACCACCCACAAUCAAAGGCGGCAGUAUGAAGGAUGGGCACGCGUACGAGUCCCUACCUCUAGUUUACUCAGUCGAAGUCUCCGGUACCCCGAAACCUACGAUCCGUUGGCUGCACGACGGCAAGGAAGUGAAGCCCUGCGGCAGGGUCCACAUCACCAAUGAUGGAGAUCUGUUCAAAUUGGAGAUUGACAGCGUUCAGAUGAAGGAUGCUGGCAAAUGGCAGUGUGAGAUCGUGAAUAACCUUGGAAAGCAAGUGCAGACCGCUCAACUGUCUGUGUCACCCGAGUCCGAGUUCCGCAAGCCGAAGUUCACGUCCCCGCUGGAGGCGCAGCGCGUGGUGCAGAAGGAGCCGGUGUCGCUGCAGGCGGUGUGCACGGCCGACCCGCUGCCGCACGUGGCCUGGCUGCUCAACGGGGUCGAGCUCACGCCCAGCGCCACCAUCGUCACCUCCGCUGACUCCAAGGACCUCGAUCACGGACUCAAGGAAUGCACCUUCACUCUGCAAAUUCCUACUGGUCGUCACACGGACACGGGUGAGUACACGAUCCAGGCGACGAACAAGUACGGCGUGGGCGAGAGCUCGGCGCGGCUCGACAUCCUGCUGCGGCCGGAGAUCGAGGGCCUGAAGGACGUCACCGCCGUGCCCUUCGAGGAGACCACCUUCAUCGCCAACGUCAGGGCCAACCCCAUCGCCGAGGUCAAGUGGCACAAAGACGGCUACGUAAUCCAGCCGUCCUCCCGCUACGACAUAGUGGAGGACGUGGCCAACGAGAAGUACCAGCUGACCGUGAAGAAGGUGGGCGUGGAUGACGGCGGGGUGUACACCCUGGUCGCCAAGAACGAGGUCGGGGAGACCUCGCAGCAGGCCAAGCUCAUUGUGCACACCGGAGCGCCAGUGUUCACGAAGCCGCUGCAGAAGCAGUCGGUGAAGGACUACGACGACAUCACGCUGAAGGUGCGCUGCGACGGAGUGCCCAAGCCCGACGUGGAGUGGUACCGCGACGGGACCAUCGUCGCCAACGACGAGAGGCAUACCGUCACUACUGAGGUCGGAGGACAGGUCGACAGCGAACUGGAGAUCAAGCACUUCAACGCUAGCGAUGCGGGCAAGUACAAGGUCCGUGCAGUGAGCCUGGCCGGCGAGGCAGUCUGUGAGGCUGCCAUCACCCUGGAACAGAAGUCCCCGGGCUUCGCACACAAACUCGAACGGCAGAAGGACGUCGAUGAAGGAGACCUGCUGGAACUCAAGGCCAAGGUCGAUGGCAGCCCCAUGCCUACUGCUAAAUGGUUCAAAGACGGCGCCCCCCUGUCCCCGGACGACAGCCGCGUGCAACAGACAGCCCUCCCGGACGGUACUGUGAAGCUGAGCAUCGAACACGUGACCCCGGCGGACUGCGGCGCAUACAAGCUCGUCAUCUCCAACCCGCACGGGGACAGCUCGGCUCUCUGUGCAGUCGCGGUUAACCCGACACCCAGGAAGCCGUCGUUCAGCCAGGAGUUGGAGGACGUGAAGGCGGUGGUCGGCCAGCCACUCAAGCUGGAGGCCAGGGUCAUGGCAUUCCCUGCGCCCGAGAUCAAGUGGUUCAAGGAUGGUCUGCCGGUCCGUCCGUCGCAGGCGGUGAACUUCGUGAACCAGCCGGGCGGGCUGGUGGGGCUCAGCAUCGACUGCUGCAAGCCCGAGGAUGCUGGCAACUACUCGCUCACCGUCACCAACAGGCUCGGGGAGGUUGCCUCCAAGGCGAAGGUGGAAGUGGGUCAGAAGGAGCGCAAGCCUGCCUUCAUCGCGGAGCUGCAGCCCACCAAGGUCAUCGAAGGGUUCCCCGUCAAGCUGGAGGUCAAGAUCCUCGGACACCCACCGCCUACACUUAAAUGGACCCACAACGGCAAGGAGAUAGUCCCGGACGGACAACACAUCCGCGUGGUGUCCCAACCAGACGGGACGCACGCGCUGCUCAUCGACCGCGCCGCGGCGCCCGACGCCGGCCAGUACGGGGUCGUCGCCGCCAACGACAAGGGCGAGACCGCCAGCAAUGCCGACCUUACUGUCGCCAGUCGUACGGACGACUCGACCCCCCAGGAACGUCCUCGCUUCAUCCACGGGCUACGGGACCUCACGGCGGAGGAGGGCCAGCCCCUCUCCGUGUCCGUGCCCUUCGUCGGGAACCCGGUGCCUGAGGUCACCUGGACCAAGGACGGAGUGCCGCUCAAACCCAGCGAGAAGAUACGGCUAACUUGCGAUGGAAAGAGGGUUGGGUUGGAGAUCAGCUCGAUGGAGUUGCCUGACGCGGGCGUGUACAGCAUAAAGCUGGUGAACCCGCUGGGCGAGGACUGUUCCGACGGCAACAUCAACGUACGCAAGGUCUACUCCGCGCCCACAUUCUCGCAGAAGUUCACCGACCUGCAGCAGCUACCAACAUUCGACGCGAAGUUCCCGGCGCGAGUGUUCGGGCUCCCGUUCCCGGAGAUAACAUGGUACAAGGACGGCGCGGCGCUGCGGCCCAGCGACAAGUACAGCAUCAAGCGCGACGGGGACGCCGCCUGCCUCUACGUCAGGGACCUUACUCCCGCAGACGCGGGCCGGUACAAGUGUGUCGCCAGGAACAGGGAGGGAGAGGCCACUUGUGAGGCCAACCUCGAGGUCGUUGAUAAGAUAGCCCGCAAGCAGAAGGUGGAGCCGCCAGAGUUCCUGAAGAAGAUCGGCGACAUCGAGGUGUUCCGCGGCAUGAGUGCCAAGUUCACUGCCUGCGUCACUGGGACACCAGAACCUGAUGUCGAGUGGUACCGUAACGACGAGCGCCUGUUCCCGUGCGAGCGCAUCCGCAUGGACAAGGAGAGCACGGGGCUGCUGCGGCUCACCAUCGGGGGGGUGGACCCCACCGACGUGGGCACCUACCGCUGCAGGGUCUACAACCCCCAUGGAGAGGCGUCCUGCUCCGCACAGCUCACCUAUGACACCUUGGAGCCCCACACCAGUAAGCGACCAAUAGGCGACCAGUACUCGGACUUCGACAAGAUGAAGAAGACCGGCAUCCCCAUGCCGCUGGCAGACCGACCCAUCAUCUCUCGCAUGGCUGACAGACAUCUCACGCUUGGGUGGAAGCCUUCCAUUCCACAUGGACCCAGGUUCCCGGUUACUUACCAGGUGGAGAUGUGCGAGGUCCCGGACGGCGACUGGUUCACGGCCCGCACGGGGCUCCGCUCCUGUGUCUGCGACAUUAGGAACCUCGAGCCCUUCCGGGACUACAAGUUCCGCAUCCGGGUCGAGAACAAAUAUGGAGUCAGCGAUCCUUCUCCCUUCGCCAUCACGCACCGCUCCAAAUUGGAACCUGAUCCUCCUAAAUUCAUCCCGUACUUGGAGCCUGGCAUCGACUUCAGACCAGAGACGUCCCCCUACUUCCCCAAGGACUUCGACAUUGAGCGUCCCCCCCACGACGGCUACGCCCAGGCGCCCAAGUUCCUGCGCCAGGAGACUGACUCCCAGUACGGCGUGAAGGGCCACAACGUGAACCUGUUCUGGUUCGUGUACGGGUACCCUAAGCCCAAGAUGACGUACUACUUCAACGACGAGCCCAUCGAGAUCGGAGGCCGGUACGACUGGAGCUACACCAGGAACGGACAGGCCACGCUGUUUAUUAACAAGAUGUUGGAGCGCGACGCGGGUUGGUACGAGGCGGUGGCCACGAACGAGCACGGCCAGGCGCGGCAGAGGGUCCGCCUGGAGGUGGCCGAGUACCCGCAGUUCAUCCGCCGGCCCGAGGAACUGGUCCUGCUGCAGCGCCACACGGGCCGCCUGGAGGCCAGGGUCACCGGCGUGCCCUACCCCGACAUCAAGUGGUACAAGGACUGGCAGCCACUCGCGCCCAGUGCUAGGAUCAAGAUCCAGUUCAUCGAGCCAGACAUCUGCCAGCUGGUACUCCACGACGCCAUCCUGAAGGACGAGGGCCUGUACUCCAUCUCGGCGCGCAACGUGGCCGGCUCCGUCAGCUCGUCCGCCAUGAUCUACGUCGAGGAGUCCGAGCACGAGUACAGUGACAGGAUCCGCGAGCACCCCCCGCGUAUAAAGCCUAGCACGAAGCCAUUCGGAGACUUCUACGACCUGGGAGACGAGCUCGGCAGGGGCGUGCAGGGAGUCGUCUACCAUGCCGCUGAGAGACUCACUGGUCGCAACUACGCCGCCAAGAUAAUGCACGGGCACUCGGCUCUGAAGCCGUUCAUGAAGAACGAGCUGGACAUCCUGAACCUGCUGAACGACCGGCACCUGGUGCGGCUGCACGAUGCAUACGAGCACGAACACACGCUCGCACUCGUGCUCGAACUCGCCGGCGGAGGGGAACUCGUCAGGGAUAGGCUACUGCGGGGACAGUACUACACGGAGAGAGACAUCGCCGGGUACAUCCGACAGGUCCUGCGCGGACUCAAGUACAUGCACGACAACAGCGUCGCGCAUCUCGGACUCACGAUCGGCGAGUUGCUCCUGUCGCACGCGGGCAGCGACGAGCUGAAGCUGUGCGACUUCGGCCUGUCGCGCCGCAUCCAGUUCAACAAGCACGCCAGCCUCGACUACGGCAUGCCCGAGUUCGUGGCGCCAGAGGUCGCCGCAGGGGAGGGAGUCUCCUUCGCCGCUGACCUCUGGAGUCUUGGCAUCAUCACGUACAUCCUCCUCAGCGGACACUCACCGUUCCGCGGCGUCAACGACCGGGAAACUCUCACUCGCAUCCGCGAAGGUCGCUGGGACUGGCACGACGAGGAGUGGUGGUCCCGCCUCAGCACGGAGUCCCGGGACUUCAUCUCCAAGCUGCUGGUGUACAACUGGCACGAACGUAUGGACGUCAACACUGCCCUGUCCCAUCCCUGGCUGACCCUCGCCGACAAGAUCUACCAGGAGGAGUACCAGAUCACCACCGACAGGCUCAGGAACUACUACAACUUGUACAGGGACUGGACCAGCAACGCACAAUGUCGCACGUGGUUCCGCCGCAAGCCGCUCAGCGGGGCCUACGAGCAUCCGUCCAAGAUGGUCUACCCGCCUGGAGAAACUUACACACCUGAAGCCACCCCGGACCGCGACCGCGUCCCCCACGACCGCGAGCCGGGCCAGCACGACAUCAACUUCAAGCAGUGGGACCAUCCCGACUGGGAGGUCUCCGCCACCUCGGAGAGCCAUUACCAGAACGGUCCGGACACGUACCUGCUGCAGCUCCGCGACACCCAGUUCCCGGUGCGGCUGCGCGAGUACAUGAAGGUGGCCUGCGACCGCUCGCCCGGGUACAGCCUCAACGUCUUCGAUACAUACGACCCCAGGACUCCCAUCAUCCGCGAGAGACGUCGCUUCACCGACAUCAUGGACGAAGAAAUCGACGACGAGCGCCGCGAGAGGAUCAACAACUACGGCACCGAGUCCUACACCAUCCGCAGGCUGCGGCACGAGCUCGGCACCAGACUCGACUCGUACGCCGAGGCACAGGCACUCAUGGAGUCCAAGAAAGACGGACAACUGCCAUUCUUCAGGGAGAAGCCGCAACUGCUGCCCGUCAGGGAGGGAGAGAACGCACAGCUGUCCUGCUUCGCCGUCGGUGACCCUAAACCCAGCAUCCAGUGGUUUAAGAACGACAUGGUCAUCGCUGAGGGACAACGCAUUAAGAUCAUCGAGGAUGACGAGGGCAGGUCCACGCUGAGGUUCGAGCCCGCCAAGCAUCACGACAUCGGCUUCUACAAGGUCGUGGCCAGGAACAAGGUGGGACAGACUGUGGCCAGGACCAGGAUCGUGGAGGCCACGACCCCGGACGCCCCCGACAGCCCCACGGCGGCCGACGUGUCGGACUGCGAGGUCCUGCUCCGCUGGAAGCAGCCCAAGUACGACGGCAACUCGCCCGUCAUCUGCUACAGCCUGCAGUACAAGGCGGGCGACAGCGUGGAGUGGCGCGACGUCGCCAGCAACAUCGACCACGAGUUCUUCGUCGUCCGCAACCUCAGCCCCGACACCAGCUACCAGUUCCGCCUCUCCUCGCGCAACAGGAUCGGGUGGAGCGACAAGGGCAUCCCCACACACUUAGUCAAGACCAAACAAUCCGGCGCACCCAAAAUUGAAGUUACGAAAGCCAUGAAACAUCUUCAACAAAUCACAGAAUCUGGACAGGAAGUCACUCUAGAGGAGAACAGACCCAAGCUGGAUUAUUCCCUGGAGGAUAAACCAGUCGAGUGGGAGUCGUCUCAGCAGUUCACGGAACGUUACAGCUUCGUUUCGGAGUUGUGGCGAGGCAAGUUCUCGAUCGUUGUGAAGGGCAUUGACCGCUCGAAUGAUAAUGUUGUAGUAUCCAAGAUCUUAGAAAACAGGCCGGACACUGAGGUACAGAUCCAGAGGGAGUUCGAGUGUCUGCGAAGGUUGCGACACGAGAGGAUAUCGAACCUAAUAGCUGCGUACCAGGCGCCUGGCUCCUCGGUCUCCGCCUUCAUCCUGGAGAAGCUGCAGGGCGCCGACAUCCUCACAUACCUGUCCAGUCGCCACGACUACACGGAGCAGAUGGUGGCCACCAUCGUCACCCAGAUCCUGGACGGGCUCCAGUACCUGCACUGGCGCGGCUACUGCCACCUGGACCUGCAGCCCGACAACGUGGUCAUGGCGUCCGUCAGGUCCAUCCAGGUCAAACUCAUCGACUUCGGCUCCGCACACAAAGUCACCAAGCUAGGCACCAGCGUACCGCAAGUAGGCGACCUGGAGUACAAAGCCCCGGAGAUCAUAAACGACGAGCCUGCCUACCCACAGACGGACAUCUGGUCCGUGGGCGUCCUCACCUACAUAAUGUUGUCCGGCGUGUCGCCCUUCAAGGGAGCUGAUGAUGCGGAGACCAAGCAGAACAUCUCCUUCGUUAGGUUCCGGUUUGAACACCUCUACAAAGAAAUUACGCAGGAGGCGACUCGGUUCCUGAUGUUCCUGUUCAAGAAGGUUCCCCUGAAGCGGCCGCUGGCGGAGGAGUGCUACGAGCACCGGUGGCUCACUCAGAGCGACUUCAUGAACAAGAAGAGGGAGAGGGCCGUCUUCCUAGGCAACAGACUGAAGGAGUUCUCGGACUCGUACCACGAGCGCAAGGCGCGCGAGGCGUCGCAGGCCGACACCGUGGCGGCCGCCUUCGGGGGCGCGCGGCAUCUCGUGCGCUCCAACAGUAUACAGGACGAACUGCUCACCACCUUCAACACGCACUGACCUCCUCUUGGAACCUCAUCUCAUCACUGUCACACGCUAACACCUGAUAUUUCUAAAUUCAUCAUUUGUUAGCUCAAUUCGAAAUCUUAUUCAGCCCCUUCGAUUAAGCUAAGGGUUACUAAGAGCCUUAAAUCGAUCAUGUUUAAGUCCCAUAGAUUUUUUACACGUGAUUUUUACUAGUAAAUCCGGACUUAAGCCUGAUUCAAUAAGCUCUAUCCAUUUUGGCAAUUCCAAGUGUGUCGCAAACAUCGUUCACCAACUUUCAUGUACAUUAAUUAUCAUCCAAACGAAAAUCUAGUCAUAAAGGAAAUGUUACGACGGUUUUGUUACUGUUAAGCUAUUUAUUGUAUACAAAUUUUUACUAUUUAUUUAUUAUUUAUACUAAUUGGUAUAUUAAUGCUCCAGUAUUAAUUGCACUUAAUAAAGAGCAUUAAUUUGAUA